UGCAGUUGCAUAACUAAUUUUCCCUCCAACGAAUCUGUUACUGUUUCUAUAUAUAACCAACAGAGAUCAGAGAAGAAAAACAUCACUACUCCUCUCCCUCAUUUGCUUUUCUUUUCUUUCUUAAAGUUAGAACAGAAAAUGAACAGUGAUCACCGAUUGACUCCGUCUGAGAGGGCACAAGUUGAAAAAUGGCUAGCGACGGAACCCGGUUUGAAUGUUAGAGCCAAUAAUAAGACAGUUUAUGGAAAACUCAGACCAGAUUUUGCACCCUUGUUCACUAGAACGAGCAGAGCAAGCUAUGAAGAAGCAAGAACAGGCGCAGCAGCAACUGAAUUAUACUCGGGACAAGUAUAUGACUAUUACAGGCAGUGCCUGCGUUUAAUGCAGCUUUUGGAACAACCACCGCGACAAGCUGAUGGUGUUCGUCGUCAGCAACAAAUAAAGCAGCAGUGGCAACAAAUACAACAUCAGUGGUGGAAAUUGGAAGAACUGCGACGCCUGAGGACACUAAAGAAAUUGCAAGCUAUUAAACAGCAAGCUGAAGAAGAUAAAUACAGGCUAUUAACGUCAUUCUUGUUUCGGGAUAACUCCUUUUUAACACCAUGGAAUUGGAAUCCUGAAAAUCCUGAAAAUCGCAGUGCACAAGGAGAGCGAAUUGUGUUUGAGCCUGGUUCUUUUUUUACUCAUGACAAGCCUGUUACUAGACGAUGUUUUUCAUACUUAUCUGCAUAAUAAUAGUAACAUGUAAGCAUGUAUUCUGAAGAGGGAAGACUUAGAAGCCUGUUACUAUACGAUGAGUAACUAUUGGAAACCUGAAACUGAAAAAUUAAGUUCUACAUUUGAAUUUGGAAUUAAGACAGUCACUGGAACAAUGUGUGGAAGCAAUAUAAGAACUGCUCGUGAAUGAAAAGGGUUAUCGGAUUUUCAAAAUUGUUAUCGGAUUUUGAAUGAAAAUUGUUAUCGGAUUUUGUGAAUUAAAGCCCUGUAAUUUUCUUAAGACAAUCACUUACAUUCUCUAUAUGAGUCUUCCUCUAUUAACAAAUACAUGCU